AUGUCUGGUACAGGCAGCAGUGAUUCUAGCGUUAUGAGCGAGAAGAAGAAACCUGCGCCGCUCAUGACAAGCAAAUAUGUACCGUCGACGGAACAACAAUCAAGCCAUCUGGCCCCGAUGAAGCCUUUAGCCAUGCCGUCGCCGCUCUCUCCAGCUUUCAGGUCUCCAGGCCAACUGAGGCCUCUCAUGACGCCAUCCGGACUCCCCUCUAGUCCAGCAUACGGCUUUCAGGCACCGCAGCCACCCCCAUACCUACAGGCAGACCCCCCAUCUCCCGCCUACAGUCAAUCCUCAUUUGUGCCCCUAAACUCGUUAAAGAAAGAUGAGGCGCAUCCUAUGGACCUUCAGCCCCCACGGAUCGGUCAGAGUCCCUAUGGUAACGGGAACAUGGUCAACGGCAGCACUUAUAGCAUCUACAACUACUCGACCGACUGGAUCCCGAUGCAGCCUCCGACCCCAAGAAAUGGUGGGUUUGGUAUCAGCAGCACUGGACUGCCGAUUACGGCAGCAGAUGCUGAGGCAGAGACCUUGGCACUGAAGAAGCGAAAGAGGCUCAGAAUGUUGAUUUUCUGUGGUGUUCCAGCGGUGGCGGUUCUGAUCGCCCUGACAUUGGGCGUUAUUUUUGGCUUUAUGCGAUACGGAUCCGGCGGCAGCCCUUGA